GUUGUUGUCCCGUUUUGAAGCCCUGUGUCCCGGCAUCCUGCGCCCCUCCACUCUCUUUCUUCUUUUCCUUUCUUUGUCCUCCUUUUUCCACUCUGCGCUCCCUCCAGAGCGGGACUCUUCCUCAGCUGACUCCACCAUCAGGUCUGCGGUAUCAGUCUUUUGGGAGCUCCGGAGAAGCCAGAAACCAUGCUGACGUUUUUGGCGCUGGCGUCGGUUGUCCUCCUGGGAAUAGUGCCUGAGCAGUCCCAGGCCAUAGUGAUCUACACCGGCUGGGAGCGCCACGCCCUGCUGGGCUCCGACGUCCGGCUGUCCUGCUCCUUCUUCUCCUGGCGCUGGACCUCUGAUGACGUCACCUUCUCCUGGACGUACAGACCCGAUGGCUCCCGGGACAGCAUCUCUAUCUUCCACUACACGGGUGGAGCCGCCUACGUCGACAACAAGGGCCCGUUCAGGGACAGGGUGGAGUUUGUGGGGAACCCCGGCCGCCGUGAUGGCUCCAUCCUGAUCAAGAGCCUGGAGUUCAGCGACAACGGCACCUUCACCUGCGACGCCAAGAACCCCCCUGACAUAGUGGGCCGGCCCUCCAGCGUGCGCCUGCUGGUCUUUGAGAAGGUGCCCAUCCAGGCCGGUGUGAUCACAGGAGCCAUCAUCGGGGUGGUGCUGGGCCUGCUGGUGCUCAUUGUGGUCAUCUACUACCUGAUGAGGUUCCUGGUGGCGCGCCGCGUCUUCAGCCUUAGCGUCAGCAAACAUGGCAAGAAAAAGAAAGAGGGAUCACAGCAGAGACAGCUCUGGACUCCGCCCCCUCUCACUUGCUACCCCCUCCCUUAAAAGGACUGUCUCUCUACCUCCUUGUCUCUUUGUGUGUCUCUCUCACCUUCCCCUCCUCCUAAAGGUGUUUUUCUCUCCUCUUCACACAGCUCCACUCGUCCUGCUAACCCCACCUCUCAUCCUCUCAUUUCUAACACUCCCAUCUCACCCUCCUCUGACCCGUCUCCCUUUUCCUCUCUCUCUCUCUAUCUCCCUUACACUCCUUUCCUCCUGAAGUGACUCUCCUCCCCUGUUCUCCCCCCGAUCCCCUCUCCCUCCUCCCCCACAGGGCCCCGCGCCUCCCGCCGACCCCUCCAAGGUGAAGGCGGCCGCCUCGGAAAAGAAGAAGCAGGAGUCACGCAAGGAUAAGAAAUAGGAUACGGGGAAGGGCUGGGGCGGGCUCGCCGGCCGGCUGCUCCAGCCCGUGCGCCAGGCGGUGGCGAAGGCUCAGCCCGAGCGGAAGCAGCGAACCGUAGUCAGAAAGACAGAGAAGGUGGGGGGAGGAGGGGAGGAGGGCUCGGGCAGGGUGCUGAUGACCAUCGAGCUGGAGCUGACCCGCAAAAACGGGGAGGAGGGAUCUGCCGGUGAGGGAGGGAUAGGAAGGUCAAAGUCUCUUGGCCUCCUCUCUCGCCUUGCCAACCAGCUCUCCUUCAAAUAAUACACCUAGAGGGAGCGGGGGAGGCCAAAGGGGGAGGGAACGGUCGAGGAUAAGAGAGUGGGAAGUCCACUGUGGAGACAGCAGGACAGUCAAACCUACUUAACACCCACCACAACACCCUGAAUAAAUGAGUCCAAUCAUAUCAGCUCCUGUCACAGGCUGAGGACUGUAGACGCAGCUAUACGAGCCCAGAUCUAAGAUGCCGUGAUAAUCUCUUACAGCACCCACACCCCAACUACUUUUGUCAGGUCAUAAGAUAUGGCAUUUGAAGCGAGACCCUAAGACGGCGAGGGUUUGAUAACAGAAUCUAAAAAAGUCGCUCCCCGGGUUUUUGCCUUUCUGGUUCCUUUCAUUGUGAUCCGAUCCACCAAGAAAGCUCCCUUCAAGUGUGUCCGAUACGCAUCACCCCUCCCACGCUGCGGGGACAAACCAAUUUGCCUUUUUUUUAUUUUAUGGAGGUGCUGUGUCAAACUCUAACUUUCUCCCCUCACGCUGAUCUCCAUUCUCUCUCCUCUCCUGUCCCCUUUCUUCCUCUUUCACUGUGAUUUUCCUGCUUUUCGUGUUAAUUCAAAUUACAGAAGUGAUUUCAAUGCUAACUGCUCUAUCCUGUUUCUCUUCUUCUCUCAACUCCCUUCCCUCUUUUCUUUCUUUUCUCUUUCCUAUAGAUAAAGGUCUGACUUCUCCAUGACUGCCUCCACUCCUCUAGUCUGCUCCCUCCUUUUCUGCCCAGCCUGAUGCAACCCCCAUUAUUUCCUAUUAUCUCUACUCUUUCAAGACAGCACUGGCUGUAAGAAUAGCCCUACUAUAUCAGCGGCGUUGGCGUCAAAUAAUUUUUACAACGUCUCAUCUGAGGCCCUAUAUGCACUCAUUGGGCAGCCUGUAAAACUGUUUUAAGGCCUUAACUAUGCACAUAACAUCCUUAAGAGGAACCUGAAAGACCAUCCCUCUGUGUUUAGAGUCCCCUGAAUCUCCCGCUUUAAUGUUUACGACUCAAUCACACACACUGAGCGGAGCUGCGAGCGCACUCUGGACUUCAGAUAGAGAAAAAGAGAGACAGAGAAGCAGAGAAGCAGAGGAGAGUGAUAGUGGGGGAGAAAUAUGAUUCCUGCUCUCAGCCCCGCGUAGAUAGAGGUUCAAGCCCUGGAGCUCGGGGUGAUUCAAUCCUCUCACAUUUGAGCUAAUGGAGGUUGUCGCCCUGUCCCUGCCCAGGCUAAAGGGGGCUAUUUCUGGCCCUAUAAGAGUGUACGGGCUUACUGUAACAGCUGCACAUUUUUCAGCCGUCCAGAGAGGGAGGGGGGGGGAGUUUGGCCUGCUGUGAGCACAUGAGGCUGUCCGCUGUUGACUCCACGGCCGGCGACUGACAACCUGGAAUGACGUCACGGCCCCAGAGGGCGGGCGGACACGCUCAGGAGUCUGACAAAAGGGCUUACCAGGAAGAGGUGCAGCUUCUGUGCUCUCCGAGUUAUUUUAGGUCCAGUUAAUCCGCCCGCACGUUUCUCCUCGCCAACCCAAGGCUAAUUAUUUUAGCACGUGCUCGUAACGGGAUAUCUCUCUCUUCAUCUUCCUCUCUCUCUCUCUCUCUCUCUCUGCUCUCUUCCCUCCUCUUUUAUUCACUCUCUCAUCUCUGGAUUCAUCUCCUCCCUCCAAACCCUUGUUUCAUUCUCUCUGUCCUUACGUCUUUGCCUCCGUUUAUCUCUUCCUCUUCCUGUCUUCUGGUGACUCUGCACUGCAUUAUUCCCCCCACAGAAAAGGCCUAUACACAAUCCACUCCACUCUUUAAGCCUCUCCUUAUCUGACUGCCAGGCCUACAGCUCAAUGCUCUGCUCCUCUUUCCUCUCUUCAGUCCUUCCUCGUCCUUCUUCUUCUUCUUCUUCUUCUAUUUUUCAAACUCAGUCACGGACAUCUGCCUCCCCUCCAUCCAUAUUGCCCAAUGAUCGACGAACGCCCUCUCCCUUGCCCUUCAAACUUCCACCGCCCCCAGAAGGCACGUCCCCCGUCGGCCCCGCCUGUCCCUCCAUCCUCUGACCCCCUUUACUGUCUUGUUUCUGCCGGUUCAAGUGCAGAAAACGCUCUCCUCUGCCCCCUUCUGGCAAAGGAAGGCAAAACCAUGGGCAGAAAUCCGCCUUUAGUUUUCACUGAAGACGCCAAACGAAAACUCAUAAUCUAGCUAGCUCUCUUCCGGUCGCAAAUACGACGUGUGUUUUAUGUAUAUGUGUGUUAAAAAUUUGAUAUAAAGCAAAAACAGUGUCACCCUAAGUAAAGCAAAUAAUGUUUUGUGAGACGUUUUACACGAGGAAACACAUGGAGAACAUGUUUUUCAAGGCAGGUGGGAAACGUAAUGGCGUUCAGUGGAACACGUCAUUAUGUUUCCAACCUCGUGUGUUAUGGAAGGUUCUGUGUGGCUGUCGUUUGGUUCCCAGACGAAGGUAAAUCGAGGCUGUUGUGUGGUGUUAAGAGAGAGGAUGAGGGGUGAUUAAAGGUUGGGUUAGCUUCAGAUUCAGCGCAACGUGGCUGGAGAGUCAAAAAAGUAGGAGGAAGGCGCUAGCUGAGGGGGGAAAGCUUUGGUGGAUGAGAUCUAUCUGACGUGUUAAGCCAAGCCAAAAAUCCAUAUGUAUCACGACAGAUAGAGCCGGCUCUUCCCCCUGAGCUUUCUUUUAGAGGUGCUCCUUCUCCAACCCUGAGCCAAAGAUGGAUUGUGAUCUGCGUGCUUGAUAUGCAGGGUGGAAAGUGUAGACUUGAAUGUUCCUUUAAAAUUCAUAACAGGAAUGGAGGUGCUAAAAAUCCACGUUUAUAACUGGAGAUUUUAUUUCACUAGUCGCUGUUUAACUAUCCAGUCAGAUGGAUCAGUUUGAAUGUUUUCUUGUUUCUCUGCAAAGCCACACAGACACCUGACAUAAGACAAACAGCACUAAAAUGUCUUUUAAAAUGUGUUUUAUAUGUAUUAUGAAUUGUAUUAGUCAUAGCUGCACAAUAAUCUUCAUUUAUUUCAAAUGACUGGAGCUUCUUACUGUUUUUUUUUUUUUUUACAUUUCUUUUAAUGCUUGUGAUAAAUCCACUAACAACUUUUGAUGACUCUGUAUAAUAUGUUGUAAAGAGAUCAUGAAUAAAAAGCCCCAAGCGCAGCUGUUGUCAACAGAAGACAGUAAAGUAAACCCAGCUGACAAUG